AUGGGGGAAAAUGGAAGUGUCCAAAAAAUAGACGAAUUGGACUGGCAUAUAAUUGGAAUUUCUGAAAUGAGAUGGAAGGGAAUUGGUGAAGGGACAACUGAAGAUGGUCACAAAAUCUGUGAGAGAAUUGCGGCUGCCAGAAUUGCAGGAGAUCCCUUCAACAUAACUAUAAUCCAAGUGUAUGCUCCCACAAGCGACUGCUCUGAGGAAAGUAUUGAAGAAUUCUAUGAAGACCUGGAGAAAUUAAUAAGGAUGAUCCAUAGGAAAGACAUAUGUGUGGUACAAAGAGACUGGAACACUAAGAUUGGGAACGAUGCUUUUGACGGAUUGAGGGGGACAGUUGGAAGAUUUGGUAUGGGAAAAAUAAAUGAUCGCGAACAGAAAUUGCUAGAAUUUGCAAAAAGAUAUCAGUUGACAGCUAUAAAUACUCUAUUCAAUCACAAGACAUCAAGGAAGGCAACAUGGCACUCACCAGAUGGAAAGGUUCACAACCAGAUAGAUUACAUCUUCAUCUUAAGAAGUUUUGUAACUGGAGAUAACAGGGCAAGAAUGAGAACUUUCAACAAACCACGACUUGGUGAUGAUGACAUUGAGAACCAAGCUGAAAGUGAACAGGAAGAAUAA